AUGCCAUCAUCUUAUCCUCAUUUCACCCCAAAGGAACUUUUUCUUUCCCAAAUCCAGAGAUUCAUACCUAAGCCAUGGAAAGAAGGUAUCAAACAGCUUGCGAAAUCAUCAUCUAUUUUAGAACCGAGCUUACCAGUUGGUGAUUCUAUGAUAGAUUCUCUCCUUGCAUCGAUUAAAAAUUAUGCACGUGAAGGACAUCUAUCAGAAGCAUUCAGAAGCCUGUCUCUUAUUAAGCUCCAUGCCUCUUCUAGUACGUCUUGUGAUGCUGUCUUACAUUCCAUCUCUUCUCUUCUUGCCUCCUGCACCAGCCAUAAAUCACUCCCACAGGGUAAACAGCUUCAUGCACAGAUUAUCAGAUUGGGUCUUGAACAGCACCCCAUUUUGGUUCCCAAGCUGGUCACAUUUUACUCAAGCUUUAAUUCCCAUGGUGAUGCUCAUAUCGUCGUUGAAAAUUCCAAUGUAUUGCAUCCUCUACCUUGGAAUUUGCUCAUCUCUUCAUAUGUUAAAGAUGAACUUCUAAACGAGGCUCUCGCUACCUAUGAACAAAUGGUCAAGAGGGGGAUCAAGCCAGAUUGUUUUACUUAUCCAUCAGUUCUUAAGGCUUGUGGUGAGAAAUUGGAUAUAGGUUUUGGGAAGGAGGUGCAUAAGUCCAUUGAUGCUAGUUGUGAGUGGAAUUUGUUUGUGCAUAAUUCAUUGGUCUCCAUGUAUGGAAAGUUUGGGCUUGUGGAUGUUGCUCGUCAGUUGUUUGACAUUAUGCCCCAAAGGGAUACAAUUUCUUGGAAUUCAAUGAUCUCCUGUUAUGCCUCCAAAGGUAUGUGGAACGAAGCAUUUGAACUGUUUGGAAAUUUGCAGAUGGAGGGUACUGAAAUAAGUAUUAUAACAUGGAAUACUAUAGCUGGAGGUUGCUUGAGAACAGGAAAUAUAAAGGGUGCUCUGGAGUUGCUUUCUCAAAUGAGAGUUUGUGGUAUUCAGCUGGACUCGGUGGCAUUUUCUGUUGGGCUUAGUGCUUCUUCCCACAUUGGAGCCAUUAAGUUAGGGAAGGAGAUGCAUGGUUCUGCAAUUCGUAGUUGUUGUGAUGGGUAUGACAAUGUUCGAAAUGCAUUAAUAACAAUGUAUUCCAGGUGCAAAGAUCUAAGGCAUGCCUACACUUUGUUUCAAUCAGUAGAAGAUAGGAGUAUAAUCACUUGGAACUCCAUGAUUUCUGGUUAUUCCCACAUGGAUCGAGCGGAGGAAGCUUCAUUCAUAUUUAGAGAGAUGUUGUGUUGUGGAAUUGAACCCAAUCAUGUUACAAUUGCCAGCAUCCUGUCUCUUUGUGCUCGGGUUGCAAAUCUUCAACAUGGGAAGGAAUUUCACUGCUACAUUACAAAACGUGUUGUGUUUGGUGAUUAUCUAAUGCUGUGGAAUGCUCUUGUGGACAUGUAUGCCAGAUCAGGGAAGGUUGUAGAAGCUAAACGAGUGUUCGAUUCAAUGAAUAAGAAGGAUGAGGUAACCUAUACUUCCAUGAUUGCAGGAUAUGGAGUACAGGGUGAGGGAAAAGCUGCAAUGAAGUUAUUUGAAGAGAUGAAUAGCUUAAACAUCAGACCAGAUCACGUAACCAUGGUUUCCAUUAUAUCAGCAUGCAGUCAUUCAGGACUUGUAAUCCAAGGCCAAAUUCUAUUUGAAAGGAUGGUGAGUACGUAUGGCAUAACUCCCAAUUUGGAGCACUAUUCUUGCAUGGUUGAUCUCUAUGGGAGGGCUGGUCUAUUACAUAAUGCGAAAGAUAUUAUCAGGAGGAUGCCUUACAAGCCAACUUCUGCCAUGUGGGCCACUCUGAUCGGAGCGUGUCAUAUCCAUGGAAACACAGAGAUUGGGGAAUGGGCUGCUGAGAUGCUAUUACAGAUGAGACCUGAGCAUUCUGGUUACUAUGUGUUAAUUGCUAACAUGUAUGCUGCUGCUGGUCGUUGGAACAACCUAGCUAGAGUGAGGACUUACAUGAGGGAAUUGGGUGUAAGGAAAGCUCCUGGACUUUCUUGGGUUGACGUGGGUGAUGGAUUCUCUCUCUUUUUGGUGGGGGACACAACAAAUCAACUGAGAAAUGAAAUUUACCUUCUGCUGGAUGGAUUAAGUGAGCUAAUGAGAGAUGCUGAUUAUAGAGGGGAUUGUAGCUCAGACUAUGCAGCUUUUGAGUAGAAUGGAAAUAGGAAGAGCUUUUAAAGUU